AUGCUCAAAGACAUGAUAAAUGAACUCGCAAGCAAAUGCAACAUGAAAGAAGAUAUUGUAAGAAAAUUACAAGUAGCUGGGAUUCUCCAAGGAGCAAAUAUGAUGCAAGUUAUUACUGCUGAUCUUCCGAUGGGUUAUGUUACUCGUAUCCGUCGUCGAAAAUUUUAUGAGGUUUCUGAUUGUUUAAACAGGAAUCAACCACUUGCAUACAUUAUAAUGGAUGUUUUAUUU